UCCUCAAGAAGCUGCGGGGCACGACAGACGUCAGCAGCGACCUCCAGGAGAUGAAGGAGGAGAGCCGGCAGAUGAUGAGGGAGAAGAAGGUCACCAUAAUGGAGCUCUUCCGUUCCCCCAUGUAUCGCCAGCCCAUCCUCAUCGCCAUCGUUCUGCAGCUGUCUCAGCAGCUCUCGGGCAUCAACGCGGUCUUCUACUACUCCACCAGCAUCUUUGAGAAGUCCGGUGUGGAGCAGCCCGUCUACGCCACCAUCGGCUCCGGGGUGGUGAACACCGCGUUCACGGUUGUCUCGCUCUUUGUGGUGGAACGAGCCGGACGCAGGACCCUCCACCUCAUCGGCCUGGCAGGGAUGGCGGGGUGUGCGGUGCUCAUGACCAUUGCCCUGACGCUGCUGGACCAGAUGCCCUGGAUGUCCUACAUCAGCAUUGUGGCCAUCUUUGGGUUUGUGGCCUUCUUUGAGAUCGGUCCAGGCCCCAUCCCCUGGUUCAUCGUGGCAGAGCUGUUCAGCCAAGGGCCUCGUCCCGCUGCCUUCGCCGUUGCCGGGCUUUCCAACUGGACCUCCAACUUCAUUGUGGGCAUGGGCUUCCAGUAUAUCGCGCAACUCUGCGGUUCGUAUGUCUUCAUCAUCUUCACGGUGCUGCUAGUCCUCUUCUUCAUCUUCACCUACUUCAAGGUGCCGGAGACG